CACUGGGUCUGUGUGCCAGGAGUCUGCUCAACCUAGAAACAGUAACAGAACAGGUUAAAAACGGUGAACACACUCUUGUAGAAUCUGCGCUCGAGACGUUCCUGUACAGGGCCCAGGUUGAGAAAAUAUGGCGGCAUACGGUCAGCGGUGGUGCUGAAGCAGUCAAUAACAUUGUUGUGCAGAUUUGUCCAUUUUAAUCCAAUGUUCGUUCCAAUGGUAAGAAAGGAGUUCCUGGUCAUGGUUGGAUCUGAGAAGGCCAGAUCUACCAGUAUAAACUGUGAGGUGAUGACAGAAGUGAAACAUGACCAGUCUGAUCCACUGGUGGACAUUACAUUUAUGGAUGGAAAAAGGCUAAUGAUGAAGAGAGCGAGACUGACCAUCAAGGAGAUGCUGACAGCACUGCAGUCCCCAUGUGUAGCCAAGGACCCCCAGGCCAAAAUGACAGCCAAGAAGUAGUCCCACCCUCAGUCAUGUGUAUGUGUAUUUGUAAAUGUUUAUAAUA